AUGACAACUGAGGAAGCACCCAAAGAUUUGUCCACUUCUGAUGCUGAACUCUGCAAUAAAACCAUACUUAAUUUCCGAUUCGAAGCUUUCACGAUAUUGUGUUGUGGACACCUACUCCAUCGAAUCUGUCUUGAAACCUAUAUUUUGCAAGGAGGAGAACUUGGGCUUGCUUCUGGUGAAUGUUUUCUGGCAUCUAAAAGUUAUGAUAAAGGAAAGGCCUCUCAGGAAUCUAAUAAAACCAUAGAUGAUGACAGAGGUGAAUUGGAGAUUAUGCGAAAUAUGGGGUUGGUAGAAGAGGACUCCAUUUCAGCUAAGCAAGCUAGUAAGGAGGAUCAAACAAUAAUCCCUAUUGUAGAUAAUUCUGUUUCUAUGCAAGAGCAAGUUAUAAGUCCUAUUAGCAAUGAAAAAGGUACAAUGAACUUGGUGCAGGUCAAUUUAACCAAUCAAGAUAAUACAAACGAAACCACAGAUUCUACUACAUCACUACUCAAACGUCCCAACCUAUUGGCUUCUGAUAAUUUGCAGUCUACUAAAAAAGUUAAAAAGAGUGACGAAAAGAAGAAAUCAAAUGUAGUAAAGAAGCUUAUAGAGGAAUUAUCCACCAAAACAUCCCAGAUAUUGGAAGUUAGUGAAGAAAGUACUGGUAAUUUUCAUGAUUUAUAUCUUGCAAUCAAUAAGACAGAAGAUCAAAGCGAGUAUGUAAAUCGACUUGUGGUUAAGUCUUACUAUGAUCUUGGUAAAGCACUCAAGAAUAGGUAUGAUCAUUACAAAAAAAGCAAUCCAAAACAUACUGCCCAGGCAUUAGUCAAUAAAGAAGUUAUGCAACAACUCCCCAGCUCGGUUAGUGAGACCUUACUAUGA